AUGGAACUUCAAGAACUCGCCGACUUCCUGCGCUGCUGUGAGGCAGCCAUGUCUCAGAUCAGAGGUCUUGAAAUACUUAAUGAUUGCAACGAGAACCAGAAAAUUCUCUCUAAACUCCCAGACUGGGUGACUUCAAGGUGGAAUAGGAAAGUCAUAGAAGCAGAAGAAGACACUCACAUGUUCCCGAGCUUCAGCCAGUUUGUCAAGUUUCUCACACGUGAAGCUAAAAUCGCUUGCAGCCCAAUAACAUCUCUUCAUGCUCUUAAGCCAAGUGAAAGGAUUCCAGACAAGUGUGUAAAGAGCGGAGGUCCUGGAGCAAAGGUGUUAGCAACCACCUCAGAUGAGAAAGCCGUCGUCACAAGCUGUGUCUUCUGUGAGAAGGCAGGACACAGUCUACAAAGGUGUUACAAGUUUAUGCAAGGGACAAUCUUGGAGCGAAUCAAGUUUGUUCAAGAAAAUAAAUUGUGUUUUGGCUGUCUCAAAUUUGGCCACCGAUCUAGAGAUUGUAGAGAAAGAGACAGCUGCGACACCUGUGAGAGAAGACACCCAACUUGUCUUCAUGACGAUCGCACCAAGGAAGAAAGGAUGUCUACAAGAUCUGACAGAGCAAGGUACAGUGACAAAGACAAAGAAGAGUACAAAGAAAGGAAGAAUGAACAGUCACAAGACCAGUCAGAGAGACCAUCACGUGAGGCGACGGCACUUAGAGUCAUCCAGAAUGUUGGAGACACGCAUACCUCCACAAUAAUUCCAGUGUGGGUGUCAUCUACAAGUGUACCAAGUCGUGAAGUUCUGGUGUACGCACUCCUUGAUACACAAAGUGACACAACCUUUAUCCUCGACGAGACAGCGAAGGCUCUCAAUGCUAGGAGUGAACCAGUUCAGCUAAACCUCUCCACGUUGGCUUCAAGAAACACAAUCGUGUCCUGUCGGAAGCUAGCUGGUCUACAAGUUAGAGGUUUUUAUUCAGACAAGAUAAUCACUCUUCCAGUGACUUACUCAAGAGAGUUUAUCCCUGCAAACAGAGACCAUAUUCCCACACCAGAUACGGCGAAAGCAUGGCCUCAUCUUGAACACAUUGCAGAUGAGAUCGCUCCUCAGCAAAGCUGUGAUGUCGGCCUGUUAAUUGGCUACAACUGUGCCCAAGCCCUCGUUCCAAGACAAGUGGUGCCUGGUGAGGAACACCAGCCGUUUGCACAAAAGACAGACUUGGGCUGGAGUGUAGUGGGAUAUGGCAACCCGUGUCUCAACUAUGGAGAUGCAAUUGGAAUAAGCCACCAAGUCAUGGUGAAGCAAGUGAUGCCAGGUCUACCGUCCUCUUCAGACCUCACAAAGGAAGUGCACUAUGUCUGUAGGACACAGAUCAAAGAAGUUCUCUUACCUGCAGAUGUCAUCAAGAUGCUGGAGUCUGACUUCGUUGAAAGAGAGUCGGAAACCAGCCCCAUCUCUCAAGAAGAUCUAAGGUUCCUGUCAAAAAUGGAAAAGAGCAUCAAGUUAAAGAGCGACGGUCAUUACGAAAUGCCGCUGCCAUUCAAGAAAGAAAGACCUAACUUACCUGAUAAUAAGAUCUGUGCUAUCCAUCGUCUCAGGUGCCUAGAAAGAAGGCUGAGAAGAAACGACCAGUACUACAAAGACUACAAGACCUUCAUGGAUGAGACCAUAAGACGCGGAGAUGCAGAAAGGGUCCCGGAGGAAGACAUCCACAAAGCUCCUGCUUGGUACAUUCCGCAUCAUGGGGUGUAUCAUCCACAAAAGCCUGGGAAGAUACGUGUUGUCUUCGAUUGCUCCGCCAAGUACCAAGGAACGUCCUUGAACGACCACCUCCUGACGGGUCCUGAGUUGACAAACACCUUGGUGGGAGUUCUGUAUCGCUUCCGAAGAGGUCCUGUGGCAAUCAUGUGUGACAUCGAACGCAUGUUUCACCAGUUCCAUGUUAAGGCAGAAGACCAAGAUUACCUGCGGUUCCUUUGGUGGGACAAUGGAGAUCUCGAAAGCCAACCUUCCAUCUAUCGGAUGAAAGUCCACUUGUUUGGUGCAGCAUCGUCACCUGGCUGUGCCAACUAUGGGCUGAAGCAUGUCGCUGCUGAAGGACAAGGAAACUUUAGUGACGUCACCAUAAAGUUCAUUCAACGGAACUUCUACGUGGAUGAUGGAUUGUCAAGUGUAGCAUCCGAAGACCAAGCGAUCCAACUGGUGAAAGAAGCAAGAGAACUUUGCAGCACAGGCAAACUCCGGCUGCAUAAGUUUAUCUCUAACAGCAAGAAGGUCCUAGACGCAAUCCCAAAAGAAGAAUGUGCUGCAGCUGCCAAAGACAAGGACAUGGCACUGGGUGAACUGCACAUGGAAAGAGCACUCGGUGUGCAGUGGUGCGUGGAUUCUGAUGAGUUCCAGUUCAGAGUAAUCGUCAAGGAGAAUCCACUUACUCGAAGAGGAGUCCUGUCCACAGUCGCUUCAGUCUACGACCCUCUUGGAUUUGUGGCACCGUUCAUCUUGUUGGGAAAGCAGAUCCUGCAGCAGAUGUGUCGUGACAAGCUCAGUUGGGAUGACACCUUACCUGAUGACCUACGACCUCUGUGGGAAAGCUGGCUUCAAGACCUGCGAAAUCUAGCCGAGGUGAAGAUUCCAAGAUGCUACGUUCCAUCAAGCUUCAAGGUCCAACACUACGAACUCCACCAUUUCGCCGAUGCCAGUGAGUCAGGCUAUGGAGAGUGCUCGUACCUCAGAGCAGUGAGUACGUCAAGUGAAGUCCACUGUUCCUUUGUAAUGGGAAAGUCGAGAGUCGCUCCUACUAAGGUCACAACCAUACCAAGACUCGAGCUGUCAGCAGCAGUGGUAGCUGUCCGCACCAGUGACAUGCUCAAGAAAGAACUGGAAAUAGAAUGA